AACCGAAACAGAUUAAAAACCUAUCGACACUGUCGCCUCUGACAAUAAAAAAUACUGUACAUUUAGGUUUUCUCAUUGAAACAAGCUAUUAAACAUCCCUUGCCGUUCAAGCGCAACCCAAGUUUAUCGCGAUCGAUCACUAUCGACAACUGAAAGAAUUAUGGACCAAAAGCACUUAACAAAAAAAAUGAUGUACCAAAAGAAGACAAAUGUUACUGAUUUGAAUUAUGAUGUAUUGAAGCUUAUCAUAAGUUCAGUAGCAAAUUCUCCCAAUGGAGCAGUUAAUUUUGCAAGGACGAUAUCAGUCUGCAAAGCAUUUAGGGAGCUUUCGGAGGAUAAAGACAUUUUGAAAUCUGUAGAUUUUGAUGAUGUGAGAGUUUCUAGACGUGAUAGAUCAUUCUGGUACAUAAAUGGCUUGUUAAGCAAAUGUGCGAAUGCUGGAAAUUGGACUGCUUAUGACUUGGUAUUAGAGGAUCUCAAUGAAAGAAUAGAGUCUAUGAGGGUGAAGAUGAGGGCUAUGGAAGCAGCCAAAGAAAAUUUUCUGGAAAAGAUGGUGGCUGUAAGUGUCGUACAUACAAGGGCAAGAGCGAGAGCUGCUGAGUCAGCCCAAAAGGAGAUUUUGGAGAUGUUUCGUGAUGUUGAGAUUGAUCGGAUUUGCAAGGAGAUCAAGGAGAGUAUGGAAAGAAUCAAGCAUGUUGUGAUUCCUCAUAAAUGGCAGGCUUGGUGGAAACGGGAGUUGAAUCAAUGGCUAUCGUCGUCCCGGUGAUUCUCCUAUUGAAGUUUGCUUCAAUCCUAAUCCUGUGUAGCUAAGUUUCAUCUCAAAUUAUGAUAAUGUUAUUUUACUGAAUCAAUUAUUGCUAUUUUGCAAUCUUAUUUAGAUUUUAUUUUUUUCAA